AAGAAGCCAUUUCUAAGAUGUCUGGCAAAUUUGAGCCAAAGCAGAAGGUCGAGCUCGACCCACCAAAGGAUGAUCCCAUCAGCUUGGACUACCUGUCCAAAUGCGACGAUCGUGUGAAGNGAACACACGAGGACUAUCCGACAUAUGUGGCCAUCAAAGGCACUGUUUUCGACGUGACUGGCAACAAGGCAUAUGAACCAGGAGCUUCGUACUCGGUCUUUGCCGGCAAAGACGCAUCCAGAGCUCUCGCCCAGUCUUCCUUGAAGAAGGAGGAAUGCCGACCAGAAUGGGAAGAUCUUAAACCUGAACACAUAAAGGUUCUUGAUGACUGGUUUACUUUCUUCAGCAAGCGCUACAACAUCAAGGGCAAGGUAGCCACUGGCAACGCGAACUUG